AUGGCUUCCAGACUCGAUAGGCUCGUUACUAUUAUCGAAACCGGCAGUACCCGCCAUGUUCGGGAUCUAGCCGUCAACCAGCUGGCCGAUUGGCAAAAACAGCACCCGGAUGAACUCUUCAACCUAAUAUCGAGAGUUGUUCCCUAUCUCCGCCACAAAGAAUGGGACACGCGAAAUGCCGCUGCGAAAGCCAUCGGCAAAAUCGUGGAGAACGCCCCGCUUCAUGACCCAAACGCAGGAGAUGACCCGAAUCUUGACGCCCAUGUUGACCAUGUGAAGAAGGAAGAGGACGAGAAGGACGUCGAAUUGGCUGGCGAGGAAUUCUUCGACUUUGAAUCCCUCGAUAUUCAUGCGAUUCUUCAACAUGGACGGGAACUACUACGUGGCGGCGACAUCGAGUAUAGCCUGGCGGCUUUAGAUCCUCAAGCUCGGCUGGAGCAGCAGCAGAAAACCUUGAAAGGACGCCUCGGACUUCUUGGUCGAAAGUUUGAGGAUGAAGAAAUGUCGAUAGUCGUGGACGGCCAAGCUGUACCGAUGACUCCCAUCGAUGCAAGCAACGGGAACGGUACGAUCUGCGGCGAAGGCAUUCCUGGCUCGAGCCAAGCGGGCGUGGACCCGCAGCUGAGCACGAGGCAGCUCAAUGUCCUGAAGCGGAAGCGAAAGAGAGAGGCGAUGAAGGCGUCACAGGGCAAGGGCGGGUUCGGCGACCUGUCCAUACGACGGCCAACGACGGCUGGAUUGGAAGCCAUCGCAGAUGAGACCCCAACUGCUGAUUCCGAGACCAAGAAGAACGGGAAAAUGAAUGACUACUUUAGCCUCGACCGCCCCGCUGACGUCGAUGAGGAAAAAAAAGUCGUCAGCGAGUUCAAAGGUCCGAUAAUCCCCAUCAAGUCCGAGAUUGAAACCGACAGCUCCGUGGAAGGCGCCGAGUGGCCGUACGAAAGGCUUUGCGAUUUUCUCAAGGUUGACCUCUUCGACGCAACUUGGGAAACACGGCACGGAGCCGCCAUGGGAUUGAGAGAACUGCUUCGAGUCCACGGCGGGGGCGCUGGCCGGGUGCUUGGUAAAAGCAGAGAGGAAAAUGAAAAGCUGAACCGCCGGUGGCUUGACGACCUAGCCUGCCGUCUUUGCUGCGUCUUGAUGCUGGACCGCUUCACCGAUUACAGCGGAGACACGUCGGUUGCUCCGAUCAGAGAGACGAUUGGCCAAACCUUGGGUUCUGUCCUCAAGCACAUACCUGCCGAGUCGGUGUAUGCCAUCUAUCGCGUACUUUUCCGGAUGGUGAUGCAGGAAGACCUCGAGCUUGAAAGAUCCAUUUGGGCUGUCUGCCAUGGUGGCAUGGUUGGCUUGAGGUACGUCGUUGCAGUGCGGAAGGAUCUUCUCCUACAGGACGGCGACAUGAUCGACGGCAUCAUCAAGGCUGUCAUGAAAGGCCUCGGCGACGCCGAUGACGAUGUUCGCUCGGUCAGUGCCGCGACUCUUAUCCCCAUGGCGCACGAAUUUGUCACAAUGCGACCAGCAAAGCUGGAUGACCUCACCAACAUUGUGUGGGAAAGUCUCUCCAACCUUGGCGACGACUUGAGUGCUAGCACAGGGCGUAUCAUGGACCUUCUCGCCACCCUUUGCAGCUUUCCCCAGGUGCUGGAAGCAAUGAAAGCUUCCGCAGCGCAGGACGAGGAACGUUCCUUUACGCUGCUGGUCCCGCGCCUGUAUCCGUUCCUGCGACACACCAUCACCCCAGUCCGCCUGGCCGUCCUGAAGGCACUGUUGACGUUUGCCAAUCUUGGUUCUGAAACGUCCCAAGGCUGGUUGAAUGGAAGAAUCCUUAGGCUGGUUUUCCAAAACAUCUUGGUGGAAAGAGAUCAGGAGACACUCGACAAGUCGCUCGUGCUGUGGGAUGCACUUGUCCGAUGUUUGGCAGCCACCCCGACUGUGCUUGUCGACGAGUUCGAGCCUCACAUCGACGCCCUGAUACAGCUCACGCUGCAUCCCAUUGGCGUUUCGAGAAACCCCAUUCCCAUGAACGCCUCACUUCUUCAGAAGCCAUCGGGUGGAACAUAUUCGACCUCGACAGCCUCGCACCCUUCCACCCGGAGAUUGUCAACGCCGGACGGAUCCGAUAGGGCACCAAAGCGGCGGCGCAGGUCCACAAAGGUGAACGAAGAAGCCGUUUCCACCCACUUGACUCACGACCUCGAUGGGCAUAUGAUGCAGGGCGACGUUGAUUUUGUUGGCAUGGAAGUCUUGAUCCGCUCUCGAGUCUCGGCUGCCAAGGCUAUGGGCCUGAUCAUGUCAAUGGUGCCGCCCGAGAAGCUCGAAGUUUUCGAUGCUUUGCUGAUUCCAGGCUUGACGUCCGCAUAUGCAUCUACACAGCUCGCGGCUUGCCAAGUGCUCGACGAGUACGCGAAGAACUGUGCCAGCGCAGAUUCUGCUGCUCGCUACGUCGACCACCUGCAGCGCAUAUCGGAAUCCGAUCGACCCCCUGCAUACAGGGACCUCGUCAACUUCGUCCAGCGCGUCAGGACACAAUGCCAGCAGCUUAUCAACCUAUUCCGCGACCACGGCAAGAUAUCUCAAGGCAGGCUGCCCAUGCUUCCCGUAGUGGUCCAAGGAGAGCCCGAAGCUGGACCGGGCGCCUUUUCCAUUGCGACGGCUGAAAAGUGCGUGGGAGAGGAUUACGAAAAACUGAAAAAGAUAAUGGCGCCCGGCCAACGUCUCAUUGCCAGCCCGCAGCUCGCAGAAGCCCGCAAUCUUGCCAUGUCCGUCAUCGAGGAGGCCAAGGCUGCGAAGGAAGCUCGCGACACGAGGAUAAAGUCUGGCGCAUCCUGCGCCAUGGUGGCGUUGAGAAUUCUUCCGAAGAAGCCUAGCUCGCUGAUAAAGGGCAUCAUGGAAUCCGUGAAGACGGAGGAGAGUCAGCUGCUUCAGAGCCGCUCGUCGGAGACGAUUGCAAAACUUGUCCAGCUGUUUACUGACAAGGGCAGGAAAGGACCUGCCGAUAAAGUCGUUGCCAACUUGGUCAAGUUCUCCUGCGUUGAAGUUGCCGAGACGCCCGAGUUCUCGGUGCACGCCAGCAAGACGGACUGCAUCCUUUCCAUGCAGAAGGAAGAGGACAGGGUGGACCACGCAGAUGCGGCGAAAUGGGCGAAGGAGGCCAAAGCAGCCCGUAUCACUCGACGUGGUGCCAAGGAUGCUCUUGAGAUCCUCUCCAAGACGUACGCCGCUGCUUUGCUUGAGACCGUUCCCAGCUUGCGAACGUUCAUGGAGGCGCCAAUGGUGACAGCCUUCCGCGGAGAACUUCCUCCUGAAGCGAGGGACUCCGAAAACAGCCUGGGCCAGGAAAUCAUCGACGCCAUGUCCGUCAUCAGAACGUUGACACCGACACUGCACCAGUCACUGCACCCAUUUGUGAUGGGCACCGUACCCCUCGUCAUCAAAGCUCUCCAUUCCGACUUGUCAGUGUUCCGCUACAUGGCCGCCAAAUGCCUGGCUACCAUCUGCAGUGUCAUGACCGUGGAAGGCAUGACAGCACUGGUGGAGGAGGUACUUCCGUCCAUCAGCAAUCCCCUGGACCUGAACUUCCGACAAGGCGUGACCGAGGUAAUAUACCACCUGAUCGCCGUCAUGGGUGACGCCAUCUUGCCCUAUGUCAUCUUCCUCAUCGUUCCCGUUCUCGGACGGAUGAGCGACUCGAAUAACGAGAUCCGCCUCAUGGCCACGACGUCAUUUGCUACAUUGGUGAAGCUUGUUCCCCUCGAGGCAGGCAUCCCGGAUCCUCCUGGCCUGUCCGAGAAGUUGCUCAAGGGUCGAGACCGUGAGCGAACGUUUAUGGCUCAACUACUUGACCCGAAGAAGGUGGAGCAGUUUCAUAUCCCUGUCGCCAUCAAGGCCGAGCUGCGAUCGUACCAGCAGGAGGGAGUCAACUGGCUCAACUUCCUCAACAAAUAUCAUCUUCACGGCAUUCUCUGCGAUGACAUGGGUCUCGGCAAGACCCUCCAGACCAUUUGCAUUGUUGCCAGUGAUCACCAUCAGCGAGCCGAGGGGUUUGCGAAGACGCAAUCUGCUGACCUGCGGAAGCUUCCGUCCCUCAUCGUCUGUCCCCCAACGCUGUCUGGCCAUUGGCAGCAAGAGAUAAAAGCGUAUGCCCCCUUCUUGACCGUCACGGCAUACGUGGGACCGCCGGCAGAGAGAAAGACUUUGAGGGACAGGCUCGGGGAAACGGAUAUUGUCAUCACGUCCUACGACGUCUGCAGAAACGACACGGAAGUUCUGGAGAAGCAUAGCUGGAACUACAUGGUACUUGACGAGGGACACCUGAUCAAGAACCCCAAAGCAAAGAUAACGCAGGCCGUCAAGAGGAUGGCGAGCAACCACCGGCUGAUACUGACCGGCACCCCGAUUCAGAACAACGUGCUCGAGCUCUGGUCGCUGUUUGACUUCUUAAUGCCAGGAUUCCUCGGCGCUGAAAAGGUGUUCCUGGACCGGUUUGCGAAGCCAAUUGCGGCCAGUCGUUACAGCAAGGCAUCCUCCAAGGAGCAGGAAGCAGGGGCGCUGGCUAUCGAGGCACUGCACAAGCAGGUCUUGCCCUUCCUGCUGCGUCGUCUCAAGGAAGAAGUGCUCGAUGACUUGCCACCAAAGAUCCUGCAGAACUACUAUUGCGACCUCAGCGACCUUCAGAAGAAGCUGUUUGAAGAUUUCACGAAGAAGCAGGGCAAGAAGCUGCAGGCGGAAGCUGGGCGCGACGACAAGGAAGCCAAAACGCACAUUUUCCAAGCUUUGCAGUACAUGCGCAAGUUGUGCAACUCGCCCGCGCUCGUCAUGAAGCCGGAUACGCCGUCGUACAGCGAGACGCAGAAGAUUCUUCAAAACCAGGGGACUUCGAUCGAGGAUGUUGUCCACGCACCAAAGCUGACGGCACUCCGCGACCUUUUGGUUGACUGCGGCAUUGGCGGCGAUGAGGGGGAUUCGAAUGACCCCUUGUACCAACCCAUCAAGCCUCAUCGUGCCCUCAUCUUUUGCCAGAUGAAAGAAAUGUUGGAUAUGGUGCAGAACAAGGUGCUCAAGGAGCUGCUGCCGUCGGUAUCGCAUCUCCGCCUGGACGGCUCGGUCGAGGCAAACAAACGGCAGGACAUUGUCAACCAAUUCAACAGCGACCCGUCAUAUGACGUCUUGUUGCUCACGACGAGCGUUGGAGGACUGGGACUCAACCUGACGGGUGCAGACACAGUCAUCUUCGUGGAGCACGACUGGAACCCGCAAAAGGAUCUGCAGGCCAUGGACCGCGCGCACCGCAUCGGCCAGAAGAAGGUAGUUAACGUGUAUCGUCUCAUCACGCGGGGUACGCUGGAAGAGAAGAUCCUGAGCCUCCAACGGUUCAAAAUCGAUGUUGCCUCCACAGUGGUCAACCAGCAGAACGCGGGGCUGUCGACAAUGGAUACGGAUCAGAUUCUCGACCUCUUCAGCCUCGGCGAUUCCGGCCCGAAUCUCCCCUCGGACAAGCCUCAGCAUGAGAUGGAAGGCCGGGAGGAGGAUAUGGUGGACCUUGAGACGGGCGAUGUGCUGCGACAGCCUGGCAAGAAGACAUGGUUGGACGACCUGGGCGAGCUCUGGGACAGCAAGCAGUACGAGGAGAGCUUCGACUUGGACGACUUUAUGAAAAGCAUGUCGUAG